GCGCGGCGGGCGGGGGGCGCCGAAGAUGGCGGCGGCGCGGGCCGCGGGGGCUGCGGAGGGCGAGGGGCGGGCGGCGGCGGUUCCGGUUCCCCCGCCCGGGCCCGGGGCCUCGGCCUCGGCGGGGCCGCGCCGCUACUCGCUGCUGGCCAUCGUGGGUGGCGGCUGCCACCGGCCCGGCCUGCUGGCCGCCGCGCUACAGCAGCUGGAGCGAGGAAUCCGCUCCUGGGACAUCGAUCUCUCCUUGUGCAACCUGGACGAGCAGCUGAAGCUCUUCGUGUCCCGUCACUCGGCCACUUUCUCCAGCAUCGUGAAAGGUCAGCGGACCCUCCACCAUCGGGGAGAUGUGCUGGAGACCCUGGUGCUGCUCAACCCCUCCGACAAAUCCCUGUGUGACGAGCUGCGAAACCUCAUCACGGACAUGUCGCAGCACAAGCUGCUGGUGUUCGCUGGGCCCUGCGUGGAGGAGACGGGGGAGCUGAUGCUGCAGACAGGCUGCUUCUCCCUGCGGGACUUCAUCCAGAUCUUCACCGACAAGGAGGUAGGGGACAUCCUCAGCUCUGCGGACCCCUUGGCCAAGGCCAGGCUGACCAUCAGCUGCCCCGACUUUGGGGAGUGGAGGGACUCAAGCCUGGACCAUCACAACCUCCAGGACUUCAUCGAGCUGCGCUACAACCCAGGCUGCAUCCUGCCGGAGAUGGAGGGGCUGGAGGAGUUCAUGGAGUACCUCUCGGAGUCGCUGGAGCCCCAGUCCCCCUUUGACCUCCUUGAGCCCCCCACCAUGGUAGGCUUCCUCAAGCUCUCCAAGCCCUGCUGCUAUAUCUUCCCGGGCGGGAGAGGGGACUCUGCUUUCUUUGCCGUCAAUGGCUUCAACGUCCUGGUCAAUGGAGGCUCCAACCCCAAAUCAUCCUUCUGGAAGCUGGUGCGGCACCUGGACCGCAUCGACUCCAUCCUGGUGACGCACGUGGGCACGGACAGCCUGCCCGGUGUCAACAGCCUGCUGCAGAGGAAGCUGGCUGAGCUGGAGGAAGAUCCAUCCCAGGGCUCGCAGGGCAACGGGGACUGGGCAAAGAACCUCAUCUCCCCGGAGCUGGGUGUCGUCUUCCUCAACGCCUCCGAGAAGCUGAAGGACAUCGAGGGCAACUCCCGGGUGCUGAAGAGCUGCGAUGAGGCUGCCCUGACCCUGCACUACCUGGAGAAGCUGGGCAUCUGUCCCAACCUGCUGGCGCGGGACAGCGGACCCCGCGCAGAGCCCACCGUCCUCUUCCAGAAGAUGGGAGUGGGCCGGUUGGACAUGUACAUCCUGAACCCCGUGAAGGGCACCAAGGAGCUGGAGUUUCUCCUGCAGCAAUGGUCAGGCAACAGCUACCCCAAGGAGCAGGACUUGCCCUUGCAGUGCCUGACCUCCGUCUGCGCCCUGCUCGUCUGGCACCCCGUUAGCCCCUCCGAGAAAAUCAUCCGGGUCCUCUUCCCCGGCUGCACCCCUCAGGGCCGUAUCCUGGAGGGGCUGGAGAAGGUGAAGCACCUGGAGUUCCUCAAGCACCCUGUGGUCACCAAGAACGAUUUGAAGGGGCCACCAGCGUCCCAGCCUGAGAAGCCACUCAAGCAGAGGAGGGCAGAGAGCAAGGAGAGCCUGAAGUCAGCUUCCAAGCUCAGCUUGGUGGAUACUGGGACACCAGUGCCGAAGGAAAAGGCUCCAAAGGUGGAGAGGAAGGAGGUGAAGGCAGGGACCAAGGAAAAGCCAAAAUCCCUGGGGGAGAUGACCAGAGCCGGGUCAGAAGAUGAGAAAGCCAAGGAUGCUCGAACCAAGCUGGACUCUUCAACAGAGAAGCUGAAGGCAGAUGCAAAGCUGAAGCUGAGCAAGGAGAAAGCGGUGCCAAAGAAGGAGCCUGUGCCCCGGAAAGAGGAGAAGAAGAUGCUGAAGAAGGACGAGGGAGCCGAGGCGAAAGGGGAGGCCAAGAAGGAGGUGAAGGUGGUGAAGAAGGAGGUGAAGGCUGAGACGCUGCGGAAGGAUGCGAAGGAGAGCAAGGCAGAGGUCAAGGCUCCUGCCAAGACCGUGGCCCGGAAAACGCUGGUCCCAGAGACCCGCAAACCCCUGGCCAAGGCUGGCAGCGUCAAGAAAUCCUCCCUCAAGAAGGAGCCAGAGAAGCCCAAGGCCAAAGCCCCCCGGGAGGCAGGCAGCAAAAAGGAGCCAGGGACAUCUGACGGCUCCAAGUCCUCCUCCCCUGAGGACAUGCUGCCAGAGGCCGAGCGGGGCCGGGGGGCUGCCUCACCGGGGGCUGGCGGGAGGAGGAGGAAGGAGGAACUGAGGAACGAGGGCAGCACUGCAGCUGAGAGCGAGCUGGAGCCCUUGCCGCUGGAGAACAGAGGGGUGGGGGGGCUGGCAGGACCAGGGGACUCAUCCUGCUUGGAGAACGGCCUGGAGGACCCUGACAGCCCCCAGCGGUUCCGCUACAUGGAGAGUAGCCCUUUGAGAGCCAUCUGCCCGCUCUCGCCCCUGGCCAAGACCCCCAAGAGCGACCGCAGCGUCAACUUUGACCUGACGCCCACUGGGAUGCUCAACCACAGCCCUGAGGGCGGCGAGGAUGCCUGUGGCAGCUCUGAGGAGAAGACCCUGGAGAUGAUGUCCCCAGCCAGCUCGGGCCCAGCCAGCGCCGGACACACACCCUUCCACCAGUCACCAGUGGAUGAUGGCACAGAGGAGCCGGGCACCGGCACCAACCGGCAGCCAAACACUUGGCCGCCAGCCGGGGGCAAAGCCUCACAGGACGGCUCCAGCUCGUCGCAGGAGAAGCAGGCAGGCUGCCUCUCCCUCAGCCCCUUCAAGGACGACAUCCCCGACGUGUCCCCCACCAUCACCACCCCCUCGCUGCCAGCCGAGGUGGGCUCCCCGCACUCCACCGAGGUGGAUGAGUCCCUCUCGGUCUCCUUUGAGCAGGUGCUGCCACCCGUCAGUGAGUCCCCACCAGAGGAGGGCAGGCGGUCCCGGGGGACCGGGGGGACACCGGAGCCGGAGGCCACGAAGGGUGGGUUGUCCCUGCCGCUGCGGCCAUGCCACCACCCGCCAUGGGCUGAUGGUGACACGGUGCCGCGGCCCGGCCACCGCUCCGACUCACCCCAUGACGUGGACCUCUGCUUGGUGUCACCCUGCGAGUUCGAGCAUCCCAAAUCAGAGCGGUCGCCCUCAGCUGCUGCCAGCCCCCGGGAGCUGUCAGACAGUGACCCGUCUCAGGAGCUGGUGCAGCGCCGGGGCCGGCCCCGCCAGCUGCUGGGCGAGACGCCCCCCACCUCCGUCAGCGAGUCACUGCCCACCCUUUCUGACUCCGAUGUCCCUCCGGCCACUGAGGACUGCCCCUCCAUCCUGGCUGACGGGCUGGAGUCGGAUGAGGACCUGGAGCAGCCCACCCACGGUGUGGCCAGGGCCCAUGACCCGCUGCCGGCCCCCAUGAAGGACCCCUGCCCCAUCCCCGCCCAGCCUGGCAUCUGCAUGGUGGACCCUGAGGUGCUGCUGGCCGAGCAGACCCCGCGCUGGCAAGAAGGACCCCUCCGCAAGGUGAAGAAGACCCUGUCCCGCACGGGCUCUGUGCCCACCGCCCCGAGGACCGAGCCACCCCGGCACCCCACCUCAGUCCCCAAGGCCAGGGGCCCUGCCAACGUGGCCCGUGACAGUGGGGACAAGGCCAGGCUGCUCCCCGGGGACAAGAAGGGCCCUUCCAGUGGGGACAUCCGCAACCCAGGGACCACCCGCAGCCCUGGAGCUCGCCCACCGUCGGGAGCUGGCAGGGCAUCACCGGCAGGCACACGGGCUGCAGCCCCCCCGGGCCCCCCAGUCUAUGUGGACCUGGCGUACCUCCCCGGCUCCUGGAGCGCCCGCACGGUGGAUGAGGAGUUUUUCCGACGCAUCCGUUCCCUCUGCUACGUGGUCAGCGGCGACGACCACCUGAAGGAAGGUGUCCUGCGGUCCCUCCUCGAUGCCCUCCUCUCCGGCAAGCACCAGUGGGGCACUGACAUACAGGUGACCUUGAUCCCCACCUUCGACUCACUGGUGAUGCACGAGUGGUACCAGGAGACCCACGACCGGCAGCAGGAGCUGGGCAUCACGGUGCUGGGAAGCAACAGCACCGUGGCCAUGCAGGAUGAGACCUUUCCCGCCUGCAAGGUGGAGUUCUGAGCCAGGGGAAAGGGGGGGAGCCACAGCAUGGGCUUCAUCCCCACCCUCCUCGUCCUCUGUGGGCCCCCCCCUCUCCCUCCCUCCGCACCUGGUGACUCAGGGCUGUGCCAGCCCCGGGGCCACCAUGGCUCGGAGGGGAGAGAGAGGGGGGGUGUCUUCUGGGGGCAGAUGGGGUUGCGUUCCCCCCCAGGGACUGGCGGGGUCUCUCUGGGGACCCCGAGCCCACAGCACCCACAUGCCACACCCUCACACGCCGCGUGGUUCCCGCAUGCCCACGCCAGAGCCGUACACUCCUUGCUCUGCACCCACCGCCGUCCCAGGGAGGGGGGUGAGGGACCAGCCGGGGAGGGGGUGACCCUGCCUCUGGGGGUGUCUGUGUGUCCCCCACCCCUGGCAUCCAGCAGUAGUGCUGAGCUGUCUCCUGGCGGGCAGCGAGCCCAAGCCAUGCUCGAUUUAACAGGGUAAAUUUUGUUGUUUGCUGUUCGUACCCCCUCCCUGGACAAGCCACUACUGCCAUUGUCUCCCCCCUCGGUACCCACAGCCCAGGCCUGCGGGGGGGUGGGUUUCCUUCCUGGGGGGCACAGGGUUAGGACAACCUUGGCCACCCCGGGGGGCUCCUGCUGUCCCCAUGGAGCAGCACUGGGGCUCGUGCUCAGGCUCAGGGGGGCUGUGGGGUCUGCUCCUCUGGCACUACAGCUGCGGGCUUUGUCCCCAGCACUGUCUCCGUCCCCCCUGGGCACGGCCGGACCCUGUGGCCCCCCCUUUCACGUGCAGCAGCUGGGGGGGAGCUUUCUGCUCCACCAGGCUGAGACCUGGCAGCUCACUGCACCGAUGGCUCUUCCCUCCCUGGCAGUGGGGGCCAUGGGGUCUGAGCCUGCACCCUGGCUGGGGAGCGGGGGGGACUGGGGAAGGUGCCCCCCCCCCCCAAUUCAUCCCCAAGCCCUUGAGUUGCUGGAAGGCUGUUAAGAAACCAAAUGUCACGUGCAAUUUUUAAGGGGUUUUGUGAGCAGAGAGCGGGGCGGGGCAGGCUGGGAAGGGGGGCAAGAUUUGGCCCCCCCGUGCCCAGCUGGGGCAAACACUAACCCAUUUUGUAGGAGGCUCCUCGUUGGCUCUUUUUGUAAUGACUUUUUAAGAAAAAAAGGAGAAAACAAACAAAAAAAACCAAACCAAAACAAACCACCAACACACAAAAAAAGUGAAAACUGAACAAACCAAACCUAUUCUGGUGGGAGGUUAUUUAUCUGAGUCCCCCCCGCCCCGGGCACCGGCUGGUGGCCGCGGGGGCUUUUACCUGGGAUUGUAUCGUUCUAUGUGUUCGGGGUGGGGGGAGUGAAUGUUUCACCUUUAGUGCUUUAAAUAUUUUUUCUUAGCUGGAAGCUGGUUUGGAGGUUGGGGGGUGGUGGGGGGGUUGUGACUCCCCCCUCCGGCCCCUGCCCAUGGAUGCCGGCACGCUCCCCGUCUUGCACGCCACGUUCCCGUUUGGCAAAUGUGUUGAAAACGAGCAUUAAAGAGGAUAGCUCCCA